AUGCCCAUGAUGAAUACCAGUAUUUUAUUUUCUCAUUUAAAUAUAUUCGAAAGAUCUUCAUCAUUCAAACCAAAUAAACAACAAGAGAGCGAACAUUUAUGUCUAAUGCAUUGCACAUUUACGAUACCAUUCGAUGCACCACUAGUUGUACCAUCAACCUGCCGUGAACAGCUAACAACGAACCCAUGUCAAAUGUCAGUUAUAGUUGAUUAUACUCACAAAGAAUUAGUUUUUUUCUCUUUGGAUGAGAUAAUGAGCUUAACUGUUAAUGGUGCUCGUUUUGAUACCGUUUCUAGCGAAGUGCUCGGUUUUCAAUUCAUGUACAAUAUACUAUCUUGUAUGGUUCACCAUGCAUGUUCAAAUGGUGAUAAAUGCGAAUGGAAUUAUUUAAUAGGAAAAAUUCAGGAUCUAACCAAACGUGAUUAUCAACCAUUGUAUAAUUCAGUGUCAUUAAAACUUUAUAUUGAACAACCUGAGUCUACGGUUUCUCAUUGUUAUUCUUCAAAUGAAUUAACUGAAUGCUCAGGUGGUGCAUGUUUUUUUGUUGAAAGCGUUAACCAAGAAACUUUUACACCAGUAAUAAUUCGUAAUUGUUUGUUGGAUGAAAUGCCAAUGCUUCAUUUUGCAAGAAGUCAAUAUACACCUGGUCCAACGAAAUAUGAUUCUGAUGUUUUGGCUUUUGCGUGCAAUCUAAAUGAAUGUAACAGUCCUACGAAUGAACUUACUAUUAAACGAUUAGUUGGAUUUAAUGAGAAUAAAAGUAUUGGUUUGAUAAAGACAGGAUGUUUAUACUUAAUAAUUGGCUUGUAUUUCAUUAUUUCCACAUUGAUUUAA